AUGACUGGGGACGUACAGCGGUAUACUCGGUCAUGUGACGCCUGUCAACGCACCGCUGACAGAGGUAAGGUGCAGCCAGGGAAGCUGAAGCCUUUCCCCAUCAUUGAUCAACCAUUUAAGAUGGUCAGUGUAGAUAUAAUUGGCCCGAUUGAGCCGAGGGCAUCAGACGACAGUAGAUAUAUCCUGACCAUGGUAGAUCAUGCUACUCGGUAUCCAGAGGCGGCACCUUUGAAGAAUAUCGAGACCGUCACAGUGGCGGAAGCAUUGGUUGGAUUCUUCAGUCGCUUAGGUAUACCGGAGAAGAUACACAGCGACAAGGGGGCACAGUUCACCAGUGAGAUGAUGACGGAAGUAGCUAGGCUAGUCAUGUUGCAGUCAUCAUUCACCACACCUUAUCAUGCUAUGGGAAAUGGGUUGGUGGAACGGUUUAAUGGUACCCUAAAGAGAAUGCUCAGGAAGAUGUGCAUAGAGCAACCCAAGGAGUGUCCAAGGUACAUUAACCCGUUAUUGUUUGCCUACAGGGAAGUACCCCAGGCAAGUACCCGGUUCUCACCGUUCGAGCUCCUGUAUGGUCGCACAGUAAAGGGACCGCUGCAUGUGUUGAAGAAUCUAUGGGAGGGGGAAGACUGUACCCCAGAAACCAAGACGACGUAUGAGUACGUCAUAGAUUUGAGGAACCGUCUAGAAGAGACGUGUAAGUUGGCCAGGGAGGAACUCGCCAAGGCUAAGGAGUACUAG